AUGCUACUGAAAUACGUCCUUUGCGUUCUAUGGACGCUGUUUAGAGCAGUUCAAUGUGCUGAAAAGAUAUAUGAGCCUAAUCCGCCUGUAACUCACAGGGUAUUGAUGACGGUUGAGUAUACAGACCAAAACACGCUUGAAGUAAAGGAACACGACAUUACGAUCGAAUUGUAUGGAACGGUGGUCGAAAAAACCGUUGAGAAUUUCCAAAAAAUUGCAGGUGGUAUCAGAGCCGUUCUUAAGGGUAAAAGUGAGAAAUUGGACUCGUUCACGCUGUCUUACAAAGACACGCUAUUUCACCGUAUCAUACCCGGGUUUAUGAUUCAAGGUGGGAAUGUUUUGCCCGAUGUUGGUCCGUUCUCGAUCUAUGGAACAUAUUUCGCGGAUGAGUCGUUUGAAUUGAAGCACGAUAGACCUGGAAGAGUCUCAAUGGCGAAUCUCGGCAAACCGGACUCUAACGCGUCGCAAUUUUUCAUCACCACGUCUACUGAGCCCAUCCCAGACCUUGACGGCAAGCACGUCGUUUUCGGACAAGUAGUCGCUGGUCUUGAAGGGCUCAUUGAACACGUUCAACACGUUCCUACCGAUAAAGACGACAAGCCUCUCAAAGACGUGAAAGUCAAAUAUAGUCUCGCAGACACUUUGCAACUUGCCAACAAAGAAGAGCUACAUGCCAAAUAUCAAGAGAAGCUCAAAAAGUUUAAAGAAGGAGACAGCUCCCAGGGUGUAACCAUGAAGGCUAUGAUGGCGAAAGGUAAAGAGGAAGAAGCCGAAAUGGUUGAAGAGUUGUAUGCUAAGCUCCAUCACCCACUCUUGAAAGUCCUUGGUGGAUUGAGCGUCGUGGGGUUGCUCUACCUUCUCGCCCGCAAUCGGAAGCGGAUUUUCAGCAAGACUAGCAACGUCGUGUCUAUGAGGCACGACUGA